GCAACAACAAAAAAUAGGGCCACGCAAAUCUGGAAGGUCUGCUCGGUCUGCCCAAAUCUACGAGAUGCAAAGGGUUAAAGGUUUAUAUAUUCAGGCACACUGGAAUGGCGGGAAUAUGGUUGAUGAUUCCAGUUAUGUCAAACAAGAAAUCGAGGAUGACACCCUCAUCGAAGGCAUCAAACUUGAGGACAUUGUGGAUUUGAAAGAGGAACCCAUCCUUAUGCCAAUGGACGAGGAGGCCCUUUCAAGGACGAGCAUAGGACGUUCUGUAAUGGAGGAGAAUAUUACUUGGGGGAUUAAGGAAGAGCUUGCUGAUGUCAAGGAUCUCAUAGACAUCGAGGAAGAGGUUGUCGAAGAGGAAGCCAAGCAUCAAACCGAUUUUCAAGAAGACUGUUGUGGAGAAAUGUCCGGCGCUACGACAGCCGCAGAGGAGUCAGCCGAUGAGUCCUUCAGAUGCGGAAAGUGUAAGAAGGAAUUUACGAGCCACUUACAAUGGGAGCUUCAUAGUAAGAGGUGUGGUGCAGAAAAAUCAUUCAGCUGCGAUAUUUGUGGUAAAGGCUUCUCUCAAAAGGGAAAUUUGGUCGUGCACAUCAGAACACACACGGGGGAGAGGCCCUUCGCUUGUGACAGGUGCAGUAAGAAGUUUCCCCAUUCAGGGGAUCUGGCACGGCAUAUGAGGGUUCACACCGGAGAAAAACCUUAUAGAUGCGAGGUUUGUGGAUCGAGCUUCUCGAAUAUAACCUCGCACAAAAGGCAUUUAAGAAUCCACACUGGCGAAAAAACGUUCGCUCGCAAUGUGUGUGGCAAGAAAUUUAGCUGCAAUGUGUGUAAAAAGGAAUUUAUGAGCAAAAGCUCGCAAAUCAGACACGGGAAGAUACACACUGAAGAAAAGAAAUAUGGCUGUGAUGUUUGUAAAAAGAUGUUUAUGAACAAAGGUGACUUAAUAAAGCACAUAAAAAUCCACACAGGCCAGAGAGAUUUUGCUUGUGAAACCUGCGGUAAAAAGUUCUACAUCCGUCGUGACCUCGGAAGACACAUGAGAAUUCAUACAGGGGAAAAGCCUUACACUUGUUCUCUAUGCAGUAAGAAAUUCACGGUAAAAAGCAACAUGAUGAAGCAUUUGAGAGGACAUAAGACUGACGGAAAAGAUCUUUAAAUGAUGGGAAACUAAAUAUAUUUCGUAUUAAUCUGUUUGAUACCUUGCUUAUCAUACAAGAUAACUGACAAAGGACUGAGGGAAAUCUAUUAAGGUAUUGUAUCGGGUAUCGCUGCCGGAAGCCUUCAUUCACAAGAUAGAGGUUUCUUUCUAUUUGUUUUAUUUAUUACACACAUAUUGCCUACGUAGAUAUAUAUGUAUUGCCGCUAAAUCUGUUUCAUUUUUUUAUAUUGUAAAUUCUCCUUUUCUCCCCCGCCCCUCUCUUUCUCCUCUCCCUUGUAUUACAAUACUGCAGUAUUAUGAAACUUUUCUAAUGUUUUGUUAUAUGCAAACAAUGUUAUACAGUAUGUUAAGAUUUUGUUGUUUUUCCGCUGUUUGGA